AUGAAAACUGGGGCUGAUACAACAUUUUUGCGUGCUGAAGGUUCUGGCUUUGAUUAUUCGGAAUUUGAAACCGAAAUUGUCAAUGCGCUGGACAGCCGAAACACUGUGCUCCUAAACGACCAGCAAAUCGAGCGGACUUCGAUCAAUUUUGACGACCAGGAGUUGGAAGACGGCUUGACAGGCUCCAGCAUUGUGCCAAAACCCGAAAGGUGCCAGGAGAAAGGCGCUACUUUUAAAAUAGUAACUAACUAUCCAUGGAAGCUCGAAAGAUUAAGCGACUAUCAAGAAAAGCAGAGGCGGAUGUUGCUGUUGCUCUCGCAAUUUACAGGGGUUCGGUUGGAUAAAACGGUGCCUAUGGAAAAGUCGACGAACCUUAUAAAAGACAAAGACGGAGCAGAAAAGUAUGGCGAAACCUAUCGACUUCAUGAAUACAAGGAAGACUGCCAGAAAUUAGUGACUUUCAUGAACAAAGCAGUGGCAUGGAGUGCAACGAUCGAGCAAGUGAGGCUCUACUGUCGGUGCGAGGAUGUGGUGGAAGUGCGCAAAAUA